AACUAUCAACCCGUCGGCCGUCGCCACUCGCAACAGGCUCACGAUACCACAGCUGCUGCUACUGCUGCUCCCCGUGUCCAAGUCCUAUUGUACACCAAUAACAUUAUUAUUAUUGUACCUAUCGCGGACUCCAGUAACCGAUACUAAAAUGCGCCGUGUAACUGUAUCGGCAAUAAUAUUUUAAUCGAGUUGCCCGUUGGCCGUGACGGACACCGCUAUUCCACGAUUGUCCACAAUAACAAUAAUACGUUCGCCGUCAGAGUCCGUUUCGUAAUAAUAUUACCGAUUGUUGUUGUUAAUUAUACAUAAAUAAUAGUCUUGUGAUGAUGUUAUUUUGCAAAUACCGUGGAGGAUGUUUGACUCAUCAGACCCGAAUUGUUAUGAUGAUUCGAUAGCUGUGAAAAUAAUUGGAUGUUAACUGUACAUAAAAAUGGCACUAACAGAUGAUGGAGAUGAUAAAGAAUGGCUUCAUAGCCUUCUAGUAGAUGUUCAACUUGAACAUUUCCUCAGUCGUAUCAUUGAAGAACUUCAAAUAACCAGGUUAACUCACUUUGAGUAUGUUAAGCCAGAAGAUUUGGAAAAUAUUGGUAUUAGUAAACCAGCAGCUCGAAGGUUAUUAGAAGCUGUAAAAAAACGUAAAGGUGCCGAACGUAGACAUAAAAUUUUGUCAAUUUUGGGUGGAACACAAGCGAACAAACAUUCAACAGGAACAUUAAAAAAAAAUACGUCUACAACUGAAUCUGCUCAACCAUCAGCUCUAUCCCUUACUUGUUUAAUCCUGGAAAAGGAUAUAAAAUUAUCUGAAAAAAUUGGUGAUGGUUCAUUUGGAAUUGUGAGUCGUGGAGAAUGGACCACUUCAACUGGGCGUGUUGUACAAGUUGCUGUCAAGAUGUUAAAACAAGAUGUACCAUCAUUGCCACAAAUGUUUGAAGAUUUUGUCAAAGAAGUUCAAGCUAUGCACACAUUAGAUCAUGUGCAUCUUAUAAAGCUGUAUGGAAUUGUUUUAACUCAGCCAAUGAUGAUGGUGACUGAACUAGCUGCUCUAGGUAGUCUUAGAGAUUAUUUAAGAAAACAAUGUGGCCAUAUUAUGAUUACUGAUUUAUGGGAUUAUGCUCUACAAGUUGCUACUGGCAUGGAGUAUCUUGAGAAAAAAAGGUGUAUUCAUAGAGACUUAGCAUGUCGAAAUAUAUUGCUUACUACACCUCACCAAGUAAAAAUUGGUGAUUUUGGACUAAUGCGAUUAUUACCAAUGGAAGAAGAUUGUUAUGUUAUGACUGAACGACGAAGAGUACCAUUCCCUUGGUGUGCACCAGAAAGUUUACGUACUAGACAAUUUUCACAUGCUUCUGAUACAUGGAUGUAUGGUGUUGUGCUUUGGGAAAUGUUUACUGGUGGUGAAGAACCUUGGGCAGGUCUUGAUGCUUCUCAAGUACUAUCAAAACUUGUUAGAGAACGCCAACGUUUAGAGCAACCAGAAGCAUGUCCAAUAAAUUUAUAUAGAUUAAUGCAACAAUGUUGGAUUCUGGAUCCAGGUGAACGCCCAAGUUUUAAAAGCAUUAGAAAUUAUUUGAAAAGUAACUCACCAAACAUUGUCAAAGCUACAUCAACUUCGGUAUCCACUGAAUUUUGUGAUGACCCUAGUAAAUUAGAAAUAGAAGUAGGUGAUAGAAUUAUUGUAAUUGAUGGUCAACCUGAUCAUUACUGGUGGAAAGGACAAAAUUUGAGAACUUUUCAAAUUGGAAACUUUGCUAGGCGUUCGGUUGAUCCAAUGAGACGGAAAGCAUCAGACGAUAUCAGCAAACCCCUUCGAAAUUCUUUUAUUCAUACUGGCCAUCAUGGUGAUGCUAGUGGAAAAAAUUGGGGCUUCCAUGAUAAAAUUGAUCAAGUCUAUUUGAACAAUCCUAUGGAGCCACCAGAUUUAUUAGGUGGUCGUCCAAAAAUUGUAGAAACUGGUCCUCCUAUAUUACCAAGUCGAAAAAAUUCAGAUCUAGUUGAAAAAAAUGUGCGAUCCAAAGCAGAAAAAUCCAAAAAUACUGUGCUUACAUCUAUACUUCCAUCGAACAAACAAUUCAACUACUCCAAGCUUACAGAUGGCCGUAAAAGAAGUUUACGACCAGCUCCUGGCAGACCUCCUGGUCCAUUUCCUCAACUUCCUAAUAGUGAACAAGUUUUGGUUGAUUUAGACGGAUGUACACCACCACCAAUAAACCAUAAUACCAGUAAUUCUUCAUCCAUCAACUCAAAUUUAUCUAUUCUCGAUCAACCAAUUGAUGUUGCAGAAACUGAUAAUUCUGAACCAUUUAAUUAUAAUCACACAUACUCAAAUGUUAGUGGAUUAUUUGCUUCUGAACACUCUACUGAUCCAUUUGAUACUUCUAUCUUCGAGACUACCACUGAUGCUGUCCAAAAAUUUCCUUCUUAUUCUGAUACACAUAUUUUACAAUACAAUGAGCCUGUUUUGACUAAUACUCCUAAACUUGAUAUGAACUUUAUUGCUGAACUUGAAAAAAGUUUAGGUAAAAAAGAAGCACAAGCCAACACUAAUCAAAUUGUGUUGGCACCUCCUAAUGUGGCUCCAAAAAAAUUAAAUACAGAACUUUUAAAUUCAGCUAUUCCUCGACCUUCAAGUUCCAUAAGUAAUCUGACUAAUGGUUCAAACACAUCUAGUUAUUAUUCAACGACAGAACUUGAUAUGUCAUUAUUCGUUUCUAAGUAUGAUUCAGAUCCAAUAUAUGCAGCCAACCUGAAUAUGGUAGAAAAUAAAGUCAAAGAGUUGUGCAUAAGUGAUAUAACAUCACAUAAAAAUAUUAAUAAUACAGCUUCCGAUUAUAGAAAUGAUAUAUACUCGAAUGUCAAGACUGAUAAUUUAACUGUUGCUUCAAAUUAUAAUUCACCAUACUAUAGUCCACCAGUAGACUUGUCAAGGUACUAUAGUCAAACACCCAAUAUGUAUCAAAUUGUUCCAGAGCAAAAUACGUCUGAUUCCUCUGUAUCUCAGCUUUGUAGUUAUUUUAAUAACACAGUGACUGAAGAAGAGUGUUUAGAUGCUUUAGAAGCUACGUGUUGGAAUUUACAGGAGAGUGUAAAAUAUCUAAAAAUUAACAAUCUUUUAAGAUUAGGAAUGGCAUCCAGAGAAGCUUGUGUUACUGCUCUGAACAACUGUAACUGGAAUGUGGAAGAAGCUGCUUCUACUCUAUGCGAUGCUGUUUGAACCAACCAUUUAUAGAAAGAAUAUGUUUCUUCAUCAUUAUCAGAAACACUUUAUUUUUCCCUAAGGGAAAUGUUUACUAUUGAAUUAUUCAAUUUGUGUAAUAUAGUCUAUAUAUUUAAAUUUAAGUAUACCUGUGAUAAAAGUUAUUUCCAUAUUAGAUAGUUAGCCAUCAGAAAGUAUAAUUAUAAUUAACACUAUUAGUAUUAUCGUUUUAGAUAAAUGUAUAAAAAUCAAAAGCAUCACAAAACUUACUUUUAACUUUGUAUUUAUUCCAUAUUUUUUUUUUGUAUAUAAAUUCUUAAAUAAUCUUUAUUUUGUCUACAUAUUUUACAAAAAUACUCAUUCUAUAAACUCAUUAGCAUGCUUAAUAAUUAAUUUUAUUUAAAAUUUAUGUUCAAGAAAAGUAUUAUUUGAAUCGAACAAAUGUGAAUUAUAUAAUUAUUAAUCACAUCACAAACGACUAUUUAAUAGACUUUCUUAAAAAAGUCAGUAUUGAUCAAAAUGUUUUGUUUAUGUUGUGUUAAAACUUGCGCCCCAAUUCAGUAUUCUAUUUCUUAAUUGUAUUUAAAUUAAUUAAUCUGUUAAAUAUAACAUAAAUAUUGUCGUAAGAGAACAAUUUUUUUUUGUGUUUAACUGUUUUUGAACAAAUUACUUAUAUAAUAAAUGUAUUAAUGUACUAUAUUAAUUAUCAAACAUCCAAAUUCCAAAUUUUUAAAACAUACUUGAAUAUUUUAUGUUAAAUCUAGUGCAGUCAACAGUUAAAUUUAUGUAAACUUUAAUAUUACAUAGAAUAAGUAUUUGUAUUCUCUGUACUUUAUUUUUGUUCAAAUUACCAGGGUGUUCUUUUUUUAUUUUCUUAUUCUUAUUUUAUCAGUGUAAUAGAAACAUUUUAAUUAUAACUUGUAAUGUUUUAAUUUAAUUAAUUAUUUACACACCUAAUUGAAAAUAUCUACUCUAAUAAAAUGUUGUGUAUAUGAUGAAGUAGGUUUCUACAGUUGUACUACAUUUAAUGAUCAAAGUAUUUAUUAUUUAGUAUUUUGUAUUGUUAUUUAAAUAUUAAUAUUAACAACAAUGUUAAUGUUUAUAAUUAAACUGUCUCUAAACGUUUCAA